AUGUUCUCGCCCGACGAAGAUUUCGUCCAAGCAGGUGAUACACCAGGUCCCUUCUAUUUAAUCAUGAUGUUCAUCCUGACUCCACUUGUCGUCAGUCGACGUGUUAAACGAAGUGCAGCUUUUGUCAAACAAAAACUCGGCACUGGUGUUAAACGAACCAUGUCGAAAUCCAUACGUAGUAUAUCAUCAACAGCACGACGUGUGGCACGAAUGAGAAACUUCGUUAAAAGACCCCGAAAUCUUAUGCGAAAACCCAAAGCGCCGUCGAAAAUUUCGAUUUAUAAAAUGUUACCAUUGAAAUUAAUCUCGCGUAUCAUGGGCUGGGUGGCUCGACUUUAUCUACCUGUCUGGUUACGGCCAUUUAUCUUUCGUUUUUAUAUUACAGUUUUUCAUUGCCAUGCUCAUGAAAUGUACAACGAAGAUCUUAAAUCUUAUCGAACAAUAUCUGAAUUUUUUCGUCGCAAAAUUAAAAUGGAGCUACGUCCGAUCGACAAAGAAUCUCCGAUCGUCUCUCCUUGUGAUGGCCGUGUUCUAACUUGCGGCAAAGUGUCUCGUGGUUUGAUUGAACAGGUCAAAGGCAUCACUUACACAGCAUCUUCAUUUCUUGGCGUACCAUUAACGGCUGGUCUCUUAAAGUUACAACAACAGCAGAAUCGAAUGAAACAGAACGCUUCGGGUGAUUAUGAUGAUGCACACUCAUACGCUGAAAGUUUACUCAAAUAUCGUGGACACGCACUUUACUAUGCUGUCAUCUACCUUGCUCCGGGAGAUUAUCAUCGAUUUCAUUCGCCGACCGAAUGAGUUCAUCAAAAACAUAUUCAACAUGGCGAGCACUACUACGAACACUGGAAAUUUUCGUUUACAAUCCGUAUUGAAUUCACUAAACGGUUACCUUGCUUUGCUACAACAGUUGACUAUGCUUCACCUAUUGGAUUGUUUUAUCUCUAUUUUCUUGUGUGGACAGUUUUCAGACGGAAUGAUCGAGCCGUUCUUUAUUAUACACAUUCCAUUCGUGUCUUACCACUAAAAUUCUCGAAAUACGAAUAUCAGCAAAUAAGUUGGCGUCGGCAUUAUAUUGGACAUCUAUUCUCUGUGAAUCCCAAAGUCGCCAGUUGGCUUCAAAAUCUCUUUUGUUUAAACGAACGAGCAGCGUAUUACGGAUCAUGGAAAUAUGGAUUUUUCUCCAUGACGCCCGUCGGAGCCACUAUUGUUGGAAGUAUCAAUGUUCAUUUCGAUCCUGAAUUGAAGACGAACAAUCGUCUUCGACCCAGAUUAGAAAAAACAUUUCAAACAACUCGAAAUACAAAUGGAAUCUUGCUCAAACGUGGCGAUAAUUUCGGCGAUUUUAAUUUCGGUUCGACUAUCGUUCUUGUCUUCGAAGCACCUGAUAAUCUCGCAUUUAAUGUUAAAUCUGGCGAUGCGAUUCGACUCGGUCAAUCUCUAUGCUAUUUCGAUACACAAACGAACAUCGAUAUUAAACCUAAUAAACAAGACAAUGAAUCAACCAGUUUCGAUAGUGAUGAUAGUGAAAGUUCACACGAAGAUGAUGAUGACGAUGAUGCUGCUGUUAAUAUCAAUCAAGAUAUGGAAAAUGAUGAUCAAAGCCUACUCAUCGACACUGUCGCUCUGGAUGCAGCUAUUGCGGACGCCGAUGCUAUUGCCGAUCAAGAAGUUAUAUCGAAUAAUAAUAAUACCAAUGAACAAAUGUCGUCGUCUUCUUCCUUCUCCUAA